CUUUAUCACGGUCUGGACCAGUGAAGAAAUAAUUAAUAUAACUAUGCAGUGCAAUGUGGGAAUGAAAUUUUGAGAAAAAAAUUAAUGUGUGUUAAAGUUUAGUGGACAAAGGUGAAAAGAAAUUUAAAAGAUAAUACCAUUAGAAUAAAUUAUACGGAUUAAUAAAUGAAAUUAAUUAAAUGAUUUAGCAUCACAGAGAAGUUAAGAUGAUUUUUCUUUACUGCGUUGUGCCAAAUCCAUAAAAAGAGUUCAAUAUACAUACCUAUAUAAAUAGGUAUGUGAAAAUCCAUUAAGCUUAUAUUUAACUGAUAAACUUUUAUAUGAUAUUGGCUUAACAUGAACUCGCUUGCAGACGGUCGCCAAAGGUCGCGACAGCAUCAAAUAUCGACGGCUAUUUUCGAGUUUGCAAUCUGUAAGACACAAAGAAAUCGACUAGCCACAUAUACAUAUGUAUAUUUGCUCUACACAUACAAUUUUAUGUACAUAUGUAAGUAUGUGUUGACGUAUUAACGAAAAGGGACAUGUUGUGUGACUACUGUGGGUGCUCCCAGCCCCGCAUGUUUGCUGUAAUGUUUUUUGUGAGUCUGCACACCAGGGCGUCGUACGUAGAAAAAUCAGGACCAGGCUCAGCCUUCACUGGAUGAUGGUUGUGUUAUGGUAGGAUUAUGAGUCUUUAAGAUUUCAUAGAUGCACACAAGCAGUGAAUGAUUGGGUGUAAAAGUCGUUGGCAAUCUGGCGAUAACUAAAUAAUUAAAAAGUAAACGAGAAGAAGCUCAACAAAAGACAAAACAGUAAUAUCGCGUAAAUUUAAAGAAUUCAUAACGCGUAUAAAUAAGGCGACGCCUUGCGGCAAUACCUGAUAUCAUUAUGUGUACCAUCCACGAAUGUUCUAAUGACAAUACCAACCGAUAAAACGACAAGAUUACCAAUUAAUGAAUAUAACUUUUACUAUAACAACAAAGUGUGUACUGAGGACAUAUGUAUGUAUGUAUUUUGAGUUCACAUUAAUUUAGACCCAACUAACCGCAUCAACGGCACCCAGUCAAGCGCAACCACACGCGCCAAGAGUGUGCAAAGUGUCCGAUGCAAAGCAGAUUGUUGGCAAAAGCUAUUGAAAACUAAUAACAAUAAUAUAAUAUAUUAAUAAUAAUAUAAGUACAUACAUUUGUGACAUUCAUAUAAUACUUUAAGUGCGGAAAAAUAACAAUAAUACAUAUUUACAAAGUUUAACAUAUAAAAAUAUUGAGUAAGGUUACAAACAAAUUUUUAAAUGAUGCACUCGAAGUGUGUAAAGUAAAAACCAAGUUAUUAUCCCAAAUAGCCCAAUUUGAUGUGUAUGUACCAUUAGCGCCGCGAAGCUGAAGCCAGCUGGAAUAACUGAACAUACCGUAGCCUGCCGUAGCCACCAUCGGCUGCUCUAGGCAACCAAAACAAGUUAGAAACAUUUAAUUAAUUUUUUUACCUAACAGUAGCAUAAAUGCAAAAUAUUGAAAAUACUUAUACUGGAUUCAUGUAGCAGUAAAUAAACAAAUACAAAGAGCAAAACGCUUUCAACUACAAUAAAAAAAAAUCUGCGAGUUUUCUGAACGUAAGUGUACAAUACCAAUAUUUACAUAAAGUCGCGUAUAUACCGAGACACACACAUGCUUAGUUGUAUUGGUUAGCGUGCGUUUGGGGCCGUAUUUGACACUACGCUUCCCACAGCUUAGCAAUAACGGUAUAUUAAGCAUCCUUGGUCUUAAUUUUUGAACGCCAGCCAACAUGGGUAGCUUACCGAAUUUGCACGAGUUGGAGGAAAUAGAGCGCCGACGUGAAAAACGCCGUGAACGUGAGCAACGUGAGCAAUUGCGAGAGCAACGAGCACGUGAUUCAAGUCGUGAGCGUGAGCGAAUGGCGUUAUUUGCACAGCGCAAGCAAAAUUCCUACAAUGCCUAUCUAAUGGCUGGUUUGGGAAUGGGUGGUGGCACACUUGGUAUGGCUGCUGCCGUCGGAGCUUCCCACAUAACAGGCACAGCCGCAGCAACUGGUGUUCUCGGCGUUAGCGCCAAUACCCCAGCCACGACGGCUACGACUACUUUGGGUGGGUUUGCUGUAGGCGGCGCAGCACUGCUCGGCUUAGGCACGCCGGCAUUACUAACGAAACACCAUCAUCAACACCAUCAACAUCAUCGACAUUCGCUGACAACACGACAUCGAGUGUUGCGCACAAGAAGUUCGGGAGCGACACACAAUAUCUGGGAUGAACAAUUGAUGGAGCACCUUGCCGCAUACUCACCAAUUUCCACACGCUCACAUCGUAUCAAUCCGGUGUCAUCAUAUCAGGUGCAAGCCGCAUUGGCCGCCUCUCGUCGACGUGAGUCUAUCAACAGUUCCAUUGGUGCUGCAUCGAUACGACGCCUUAUUACGCUUAAUAACCGCAACUGCCGCCAUAAGAUACCGCCACACGUGCGACAUAAGGUGUGCCAGAGCUUCAUCUGCAUAGCGGUGGCGCACGGUUUGAUUUGCGGUGUGUUAUUGCCGCUAUUCGCGCUACAAGGUUCCAACUCCGUGUGGCAUCAACGCGAACAGUGGUUACAUGUGGGACCCAACAUCGGCUCACUUCUAUUAAGCGGUUGCUUUUUGAUCUCCGCCAUUAUGUGCCUAUUUACCAAACGCCUUAUACAGAAAUUUGGUCAUACAACAGUGAUUGGCGCCAGUUACAUAGCGGCGAGUAUCUUUCUCCUAUGUCAUCUUUUUCCCUCCAUCUUUACGCUACUGCCGGCAUAUAUACUGCUCGGUGUCACAUACAGCCCUUCAUGGAUUAGCAAAAUAGCAUUGGUGGUGCACUUUGGUAGCAAGUUGAGCUGUUCCCAGCAUGAGUGCCUGCUGAGUUCGUCGCACAAUACAGAUGUGAUGGAUGAGCAUAAACUCUUUUGUAACCGCGAUCAAAAGGUGCGCCGUUUGGCGCGCUGGUUUCAGGUGGCACAAGAUCUGGGUAUCAUACUGGGCACGCUAUUGGCAUCAUUCACGUUGGCUUGUAGUUCUAGCGAUUGGAAUUGCUUCGAUAGUAGCGAAACAGUGGCAAUGGAGACACAAGCAACUUUACUGCCCAGUGAAAACCUGACAGAAAAUAUUGUGAAGGCAGUGGCACUGCGUUCACAUUCUUACAGUAUGACUGGGUUUUUACCCAAUAUACCGGGCUAUUUCGAUGAUUUUUACUAUCACAAUGAGCACGGUGAAAGAAUUUGUGGUGCCGAUAUGUGCCCCGUUUGGCAUCAGGAUAACACAUUUGACGAUACGAGCAACGGCACCAACGAAACGAUUUACACGCAAUUCAUUAAUGAAAGAUCGACUGGCGGCGGUAUUACGCUGAUAAGCACCUAUUUCUUAUUCACAUUAGCUGCGGCGGCUUUAUCCUUCUUUGGUGGGCGCAUUCAAUGCACAUUCCGUCGCGAGGUGCAUAUAAAAGGCGUAACGGAUACGAUAUUGUUCGCCGGACCGAUGGCGUAUUUCGUGGGAACCGAACAGGCCUAUAUGUUGGGCGACUUUCUGCGGGCAUUCGUCUCUUGCUCCUUGGGUAUUAGCAUGGUGGCCGGUGCUUUAGUCGGCAUGGGUCUUAUGCAAUGCAUAGUUUCCUGCACAUUAAGCAUGCUACUACGUCACACCAAACGAAUCGUGGUCAUCUUGGCCGGUUUCUUCUUUCAAUCAUGUCUACUACUUGCUUUAUCCAGCUGGAAGCCAUCGAGCGAUGACAUGGCACUUUUCUAUGUGCUGGCUGCCUCAUGGGGCGCAUGUAACGGUAUGUGGGAAACGCUUUUAAUGGCCUUAAUCACGCUGAAUCACGCCAACCACGUUACGGAUGUCACCAGUCCGUUGCAGGGACUACGUUUUCUCGGCCUAGGUAUCACGUUCGCCGCGCAUGGUUUGAUGUGUGAAACACCGAAAAUUAUCACCAUGGUUAUAAUGCUAGUGUUGAGCUUGCCGGCAUAUGCAAUGCUAGAAAUAAGACUGGAAGCGCAACGUAAAUCGCAAUUGAUCAAUUUAUGACGUAGCGUCUUUAGUUAGUCAAAAAGGCAAGACGCCAUGGCACGAACUCAUACAAUGUAAUCGAGUGCAGAAACAUGUCAUGGGUGUCAAUGGAUGUAUAGCAAAAGUUAAACAGUAUUAAUUUUAAACCUGCAAAAGCUAAGUAAACAAAUAUUUUAUACAAGUUAUAUGCAGCACUCGGAGUUUUGAGGUUAUCGAGACAGCCUAUACCGUUCGAAACAUUAAACUUAGAGUAAUUAAUAGUUAACUACACAUGUAUAGUAUAUCUAAGUACAUUGUAUUUGGUUAAGACUCCGUCAGAAAAAAACGCUCAGCAAACGGUCUUCCAUCUCGCUACAGAAUAUAACUCAGCUCCCAUUAAAGUCGCAAUAUCUCCAGAACUAUUAAAAUCUCCAUAAUUUUUUCAAAUGCAAGGUGAACUUAUAAGGAAUCCAUAUUUAAGUUAGGUUAGGUAAGAUGGCUGGUCAAAGAUCCCACGUAGACUAACAAAUUAGUCCUUUGUGAUGCCAUUGAAAAGGAA